AUGAAACCGUAUACGUUUUAUGCUACCGCAUUGCUUUAUUUUGCACUAUCAGCAAACAUUUUAACUCGAGCUCUAAGUGAUGAAGAGUUUGAUGAAUUUGUGUCGAAAAUUGAAGACUUCAUUGAUGAUUCUUCAUCAAAUGUUUGGGCGACUAACAAUGAUGACUACUUUUCGUCUGAAAAUGCAUCUUCAGUCGACUAUGGGACGUUUGACUUCAUAAUUGUCGGAGGAGGAACAGCGGGAGGAAUUUUAGCAAAUCGUCUUUCGGAGCAAGAAAAUUUUACGGUUCUACUAGUGGAAGCUGGAAAAGCCAGAGCAGCAAUUGUAGAUGUUUUAGGAUUGAAUAGUUAUCUGGUAGCAUCGGAAUGGAACUGGGCAUAUAACACAACUAAGCAAACCACCGGUUGCUUAGGUUCUGUUGACCAACGUUGCUCUUUGGGAAGAGGAAAAGGCUUGGGUGGUUCAAGCAGCAUAAACGAUGCGUUUGUUUCCCGUGGUAACCACAAGGACUUUGAUCAAUGGGCAGACCUAGGCGAUAUUGGGUGGACUUUUGAAGACUGUCUUCCGUAUUUUAAAAAAACCGAAAAAACCACAUUUUCGGUAAAUGCUUCUGAUGAACCUUACCAUGGAUUUGAUGGAAUGCAAAGUUUAAGUAGAGCUGAAGAUACUCCAAUAUUGACUGACGCCCUAGUUAGUGCAUUUGAAGAACUUGGUAACUCUUACGUAGAUUUUAAUGGCGAAACUCAGUAUGGAGUAGGUCGGCCUCAAUAUUAUUUGGAUAAUAAUACAAGAGCAAGCACUGCACAUUCCUACAUAUUUCCAGCGUUAAACAGAACAAAUUUGAACAUUACUGUGGAAUCGCUAGUUACAAAAGUGAUUCUCUCCAAUAAAACGGCUACUGGAAUUGAAUUCUGGAAAAAUGGGACAAAGUACACGGCCACUGCUGGAAAGGAAGUGAUUGUUUCAGCUGGAGCGGUUAAUUCGCCGCAACUUUUGAUGCUCUCUG